AUGCCUGGUUUAAUGGAUAUUGUAAUUCCGAGAUGGGACCUGGAUUUUCUCUGGUCCCCCAAAUUUUGGGCCAUUUUUCACACGAUCCUCUGGCUCCACCGUUAUGUUCGGCUUCUUGUCCAUUGCGUCAGCCAUUGGUGCUACAAGUCUGUCCAGCCUAAAUGGACAAAUCCUAAAUACAAGUCGAGCGAUGUCACGGUCAUCAUUCCGACCAUCCACAACCGGCCUGAGGAGCUUCGGCCGUCUCUGGAAAGCAUCCUGGCCUGCCAGCCAGCCAAGUUGAUCCUGGUGACCACCUACAAUAAGUAUGAGGCUCUAGGCCGGGUCGCUUCGACACUGCGUGUUCCAAAAUGUGACCCUCCUAUCGAGAUCGAAGUUCUCCACGUCGACAAGGCAAACAAGCGGCUGCAGGUUUGCAAGGCGCUGGAGGAUGAUCACGUCAGAACCCCCAUUACUGUCAUGGCCGACGACGAUGUGGAAUGGCCGUCUACGCUCAUGCCUUGGCUCCUGGCACCGUUCGAGGACGACCGGAUUGGCGGAGUGGGUACCUGCCAACGGGUGAAGCGCAUCCAUGAGGGAGAUAUCCGGACGCGCAUCUGGAACUGGCUCGGAGCGGCCUACAUCGAGCGGCGCAACUUCGAGAUCUCGGCUACGCACAACAUCGACGGCGGAACGUCGUGCAUGUCUGGGCGUACCGGUGCUUAUCGAACCGAGAUUCUGAAGAGCUACGACUUCUUGGACAACUUCAAGAACGAGAGAUGGGGAAGGUACAUCCUCAAUGCCGACGAUGACAACUUCGUGACUCGGUGGCUGGUGGCUCACCAGUGGAAGACUUGGAUACAGUAUGAGCCGGAGUGUGAGAUUGAGACGACUCUGGAAAACAGCUACAAAUUCCUGUAUCAGUGCUCCCGCUGGGCGAGGAGCAACUGGAGGAGCAACUGGACCAGCUUGUUUGUGGAGCGGCACGUGUGGCGCCAACAACCAUGGUGCACCUACGCGCUGCAUAUCGCCACUUUCACUUCGCUAGCCUUUGUGGUUGACCCCCUUCUCCUUUUUACCUGUUGGUGGGGAACUGAGGGCUGGAAUAUGAGGGACCGCUACAUUCUUCUGGGAGCGGAAAUUGCCUUCAUGUUCGGUUUCACAAAAGUGGUCAAACUGGUUGGCCUGUUUCGCAAAAAUCCCAAGGACAUCAUGUUCCUCCCAGUCUCCAUUCUCUUUGGCUAUUUCCAUGGCCUGAUCAAGCUCUACGCUCUCUUCACUCUCAAAGAGACUUCUUGGGGCAGCCGCGAAGACGGCGACGAGCACAACACUUUCCGUCUGCAGGAGAAGCCUCCUCGCAGCCAGGCUAUGACGACCCCGUCUGGCCCGGACCUGCCGAAAGCAAUGCGCCACGCCCGUCUCACCCAGAUUCGCCGGGUGGUCGUGGCCUCACAAAAAGCCGAGGUCGACAGCUCUUCCCCCAUCAAGGGCAAGGCCGAGGGCCUGUAUUCUAUCGAGAAUAUGAAAUCGAUGCUUGCUUGA